AUGAUGUCCCCGAGCGCGCGCUCUGAGUCGAAGGAACCGCAGGGCUCCUCUGCGGAGGCUCCGUCCAUCUUUGAAGGUUCAGGCAUCGCCACGGUCGGCGGGGAGGCGCCAGUCGAGCAGAAUCCGUCGGAGAAGUUCUGCGUAGAGAAGGACACGCUGCUGUGCGAGUCAGUGCUUUGGAAGAUGCUUCAGAAUUACUACAAGCAGAUGGCGAUCAAGGCGUGGUCUCAGGACUACGUCCCGAGCUUCGUGACAAGCAACUCGCGACUCUGCCGGUCCUACGCCCGCAUCAUCUUUAACUUCCUCCAAGAUCUCUUUGCGCGCCAGCGAAACACGCCGGACGAGAGUCCCUUCUCGCGCGCCAUCAUUCUUGAGAUCGGUGGUGGGCACGGCCGCUUCACGUUUCUGCUCCUCCGUGCGCUUCUCCGCUAUAAGCACCUCUUCAGAGACCUCGGCCUGCCGGAGAAGCCCUUCCUCUACGUCUUCUCCGAUGUCGCGGAGGCGAACGCUGACUUCUGCGCGAAGCAUCCCGCCUUCCAGACCCUCGUCCGCGAGGGCUGGCUCGAUUUUGCUGUCUUUGAUGGAAACGACCAAAACGCGAGUCUUCAGCUGAUCUGCAGCAAAGAAAUCGUUCCCGUGGGGACGCCGAUCGUCGCCGUUGCCAACUACGUCUUCGAUUCCCUGCUGACCGACGGAUGGAGAGUCUCUCCAGGGAAGGACGUGGAGUUCCACCGCGCGGCGGUCUCCGUUUACUCGCCACAAGUCGAGCCAGAUCCGACGGCAGCGGAGAUCAUGGUGCGGAUGAGUCUGGGGUGGAGCUGGCAGCCUGUGGACCUCGACGCGGCUUGUGCGCCGGGCGACGCGGGUCGGCCCUCGGCGUAUCUGCGAGAGGAUCCAAACAUCCGACAGGUGCUUGAAAGGUACCGGGCGCUGGACAAGACACUGUCCUUUGUGCUGCCCGUGGGGGCCUUUGCGCUCUUUCGAAAUCUGCUGCGACUCAGCGGGCGCCGCCUGUUUUGUCUGAUUGGAGACAAGGGGUACCCCACCGCGGACGAGUUCGUCGGCGAACGCGACCCGCAUAUUGCCAUCCACGGCUCCAUCUCCUUCAUGCUCAAUCUCCACGCCGUCAGGCUCUACUUUGACGCCCUGGGCGGAUUCUCCAUGGCUACGCCCUACCGAGACACCUUCCAGGUGACUGGCCUGUGGUUCUGUGGUAGCGAACCCGAUAUGCCUCGCUCGCGCGCCGCCUUCCUCGACGACCUCGAAGACAUGGCCCCCGACAGCCUCAUUCAGUGGCAGCGAUCCUGCCAAGAGGCCGUCGCCAACGGAGGCGACACCGCCGUGAACAUCAAGGAGUUGAUUUCGCUCCUGCGCUACUCGGGGCACGACGCGGACAUUCUGCUGAACUUCCACUCCUCCUUCACCAGCCAGUGCGUGCAGCCAUUCAUCAGCUCGCGGACUGAGCAAGAUCUCCUGUUUGACCUUGACCAGGUCUACAACAACUGGUACAAACUGAAGAAGGGCGAGGACGUCGCAGAUCUCUGCGCUCACCUCUGCAUGCGCCUCGGGCGCUGCGACGCCGCCGUCAAGUACCUCAAGGGAAGCCUCGAGGCCUGCCCCGAAGGCGUUCACAGCGCGACCUUCGUGAACCUCGCCUCCUGUCACAAGGUGCUGGGCAACAUCGGGGAAGGUGUGAGGUGCUGCGAGAAGGCACUCGAGCUGCAGCCAGACUACCAGCAGGCGAAUGACAUGCUCAUGACGCUCAGGAUGUGCGAAAACCCAAUCACGGUUGCCUUCGUCGGAAUCGGCUACUGGACCAAGUACGAGGCGAUUCAUCUGCUUCGCAGAGACCGCCGCAUCAAGGUUGCGGCGUUGUAUGGAUUCAAGCAAUCCGAGACAGAGACUUUCAAGGAGCGUCUCGCGCUGGAGGACGUCGACGUCUACCACGGGUCUGCGGGCCUGAAGGAUCUGCUGGCGCGCGCAGACAUCCAAGCGAUUGUUCUCGACGUCCACGGCGAACUUUUGCCCUCAUUCUUGCCGCGGAUCUUUGAGGCAGGGAAGCACGUACUGUCGCGCUCUCCGCUGGGGCUGAGAAUCGCCACGGGCUGGAAGCUGAUUGAGUCGUACAAGCCCUUCGCGUCGCAGCUCGUCUGGCAUGCCGUGGAGAACUCGCGCGUGGAGGACGCGUUCUUCGAGGCGCAUCGCCUCCUCGCAGACCUCGGCGAAGUCUCCACGGUCUCUGUGCACUGCGCGACGGACCUUUUCCUCCACGCGGCGACUAAGGGAAGCGACAGCUCACCCUGCUUCCCCUACGACGCGAAAGACCACCUGGCUCUGGAGCUGCUGCGCUGCAUCUCUGCGAUUCGCACUAUCACUGGCGAGCAGCUGGCGAGCGUUGGGGUCUUCUUUGGAGGCGCUGCCUCUUCGCGGGAAGAAGGAAGCGGCGCUGGCGAGUCGACGGAGAACCCCAAGAUGACGAAGCUGCACCGAGACGCUCCGCGCCUCACUGGAUGGCUGCAGUUCACUUCGAAACACUCAGCAAACAGCCAAAUUCCGGCGAGCUUCGUCAUUACAAACUCAGUCGGCGACAACAGCCUGAAGUACACCAUCUGCUGUGCGCGAGGCACUCUGAUGAUAUCGAAGAGCAUGUCAUCUUGGAAACUCAACACCACGGUGGACUCGACGACGACUUCGGUCGCCGUGCAAAGCAUCGGACACCAAAACAGCCACGACGCGUGGCUCACUGAUCUCUACUCUUCGCUUCACGAGAAGAAAGCGCCGGCGCCGCAAGAUGAGCAGCACUUAGUCGAUGUAACAGUCAACGCAGCCCUCGCGGACUGCGCGGUCAUCGACGCAAUUCUCACAUCCAUACAGAAAGGCGGCUUCCCUGUGCGAUUUGCUGUAAAGAAACUGGGUACAGACAAGGCGGGAGCGUGCUGUGCAGCCUCCGUCGAAACUGCAGUUUAA